AUGGAUGGACACCGUAUCAACGCCGAAGAUGCCGAGAAAGCACCCGCUAUGCCGUACCCUGAGCGAGUAUCUACGCCCGGAAGUUCACCAGUGGACGGUGCUUCUACUACUGGAGGCCAAUGGAAGACUCAUCUCAAGGCAUUCGAGCGGCAAUUGGUCGCGUACAACUUGGAGGCACGCGGCAUACAGAGGGUUGAGCCGGAGGAAAGACAUGAUCUAAGAGCGCUGGGCUACACACAGAUUGCCAUUCUGUGGUUCUCGAUCAAUCUCGCAGCAAACAAUAUCACGCUCGGCAUGCUCGGGCCUGCGGUCUUUCACCUGAGCUUCUUCGACUGCGCCUUGACCGCCGUCUUCGGCAUGCUUGUGGGAUGCUUGCCCGUGGCGUACACUGCGACUUUUGGCCCACGCUCAGGGAACCGGACGAUGAUUUUCGCGCGGUAUACAAUGGGGUGGUGGCCAUCGAAGAUUGUGGUUUGCCUCAACAUCAUCGUGCUGCUUGGCUAUGCACUCCUUGACGCCGUGAUAGCCGGACAGAUCCUCUCAGCGGUCUCGACGAACAACAUGUCCAUCGUAGUGGGAAUCAUCAUCGUCGCGGUCAUCACAUGGGGUAUCACGACGUUUGGGUACCAGAUCUUCCAUUACUACGAGCGCUACGCCUGGCUACCCCAGCUCAUUGUCCUGUCCAUCUUGGCCGGAGUAGCUGGACCAAGUUUCGACACAACCACGCCUUCGCACGGGGACCCUCGAACGCUCACCGGCAACCGCAUAUCCUUCUUUAGCCUCUGCCUCUCCGCAGCCAUAACCUACGCCGGCGGCGCCGCCGACUACUUCGUCUACUACCCCGAGUCGACCCCCCGCUGGAAAGUCUUCAGCGUCACGAUGAUCGGCCUAUCCCUCAGCUUCACCUUCGCCUUCAUCCUCGGUAUCGGCCUAGCCUCCGGUAUCGCAACCACUCCCUCCUGGUCAGAGGCCUACGCAGUAUCCCAAGGCGCGCUCAUCGUCGAGGCCUACCGCCCCCUCGGCGCCUUCGGCAGCUUCGCCAGCGUCGUUGUCGCCCUGGGGCUUGUUGCGAACAUGAUCCCGCCGACCUACAGCUCCGGCGUCGAUUUCCAGAUCUUGGGCCGCUACGCCGCGCGCGUGCCGAGGGCUGUCUGGAACACGGUCGGUGUGGUUAUCUACACCAUCUGUGCGGCGGUGGGGCGCGAUUACCUUGCGGUGAUCUUUACGAACUUCCUUGCGCUCAUGGGGUAUUGGGUCUCGAUCUGGAUUGCGAUCUCGCUGGAGGAGCAGUUCGUUUUCCGCAGGAAGACCGGGUUCAAUUGGGCGGUGUGGGAUCAGCAGGGCAAGCUGCCUAUUGGGGUUGCUGCGCUGGUUGCGUUUCUGGUGGGGUGGGCGGGUGCGAUCCUGUGCAUGGCGCAGGUGUGGUAUAUUGGGCCGAUUGCGGGGUUGGUGGGGGAGUAUGGGGCUGAUAUGGGGAACUAUGUCGGAUUUGCCUGGGCUGCUCUGGUCUUUCCACCGUUGAGGUACUGGGAGCUGAAGCGGUUUGGCCGUUGA